AUGUCACAUCAACUAUGUCAAAAUUGUGGUUCAAAUCAAUUUGAACAUAUUGAUGGACGUCUCUAUUGUGUUGUAUGUCAAUCACAAAAUAUAUCAUUACAAAUACAUGUUUCAUUUGCUAAUGAAGGUAAUGCACAAUUAGGUCGUCGUGUACCUAAUCAAACACAAAUAUUAUCAAAAUUUGAUGAAAUUAUACCAGAAAUAAAAAUUUUUGAAGAUAAUAAAACAAUAUUAUAUUCAGUAGAUGAAACAAAUGAAAUAAUACCGCCAAUGAGAAAGAUAUCUGUUGAUGAUGAUAAUGAACAAUUAUUAUUAGAACAACAUGUUUGGAGUUCAUAUGAAGUAUAUAGUUAUAUAUUAAAUAAACAAAUUCAAUCAAUUAUUCAUUUAGAUUAUAUAAAAAAAGAAAAACAUAAUGAAUUUAUUGAAUGUACAUUUAUGCUUUAUUUACGAUAUUUAUCUGCUAAUGGAAUACUUAAUACAAAUAAACAAAGAAUAUUAAUAAAACAAGAAGAAAGAAGAUUAAAAACAAAUAUUCUAUCGAAAUUAAUUUAUGCAGAUCGAUAUGAUCAAUUUGCUAAAUUAAAUACACAUAUAUUGAAAAAAAAUUUAUGUAUACUUAAUUUAGAUAUUCUUAUUGGUUUGAUUCAUUGGUAA